CAGCAAUUUCGAGAUUCCUGUGAUGAUAUGGAAAGCGUGGACCAAGAUGACCGUCACCGACACAAGGAAAAUAUUGAUGAAGUUCGACGUGCAUCCGGGACUUGGGGUUUCUUUAGAUUGGUGAACCAUGGAAUUCCGUCAACUGUAACGGAUGAGAUUAUUAAAGGUAUUAAAAGAUUUCAUGAGCAAGACACGGAGAUUAAGAAACAAUUUUACUCAAAUGAUCCCAAAACAGGAUGCAUCUUUAAUACGAAUUUCGAUCUCUAUGUAUCAAAAUAUGCUAACUGGAGAGACACUCUAAGAUGUAAUCUAUUAUCUCCUGAUCCUCUUGAUCCUCAAGAAUUGCCAGAUACUUGCAGAGAUAUAAUAGUUGAGUAUUGGAAGCAUAUUAUGAAGUUGGCAAAUACAAUUACUGGGUUGUUAUCGGAGGCUCUAGGAUUAGAACAAGACCACCUUAAAAGGAUUUUCACUGAUUUCAUGCUACUUAGUGGUUAUUACUAUCCAGCAUGCCCUGAACCUGAACUAACCUUAGGGACAAGUAAGCAUUCAGACCCGAGUUUCUUUACACUUCUUCUCCAAGAUCAUAUUGGCGGACUACAAAUUCUUCAUCAGAACCAGUGGGUCACUGUAGAACCCAUCCCUGCAACUCUAAUAGUAAACAUCGGAGAUCUUCUUCAGCUUAUUAGCAAUGACAAGUUCAAAAGCGCUCAACACAGGGUACUAGCCAACCGCAAUGGACCUAGAGUAUCAGUGGCAUGUUUCCUGAAUACAAAAUUCAGUGACAACUCAAAGAUUUAUGGUCCUUUGAAAGAGAUACUAUCAGAGGAGAAUCCCACUAUUUACAAAUAUAUUACGAUGAAAGAAUACACCGACCAUUAUGUUAAGAAAGGACUUGGCGGUGUUUCCGCCCUUGAUCACUUUAAGUUGCCUAGUAAUUAGUUGAUACAGCCUAUGGGUGUCUAUGGUUUUCUUUCUUGGGGUUUGUUGUAAGUGCCUAUGUUUGUUCAAGUGAACGUUUGGUUUCGUGUUAUGCAGUUAUAAAGUAGUUUUUUCCUUCCC